UAAUAUGUUAGGCAAAAAAUAGAGUUCAUGUGUUGGAUUCAAUCCAUUUAGUAAAUAUCCAAAAGAAAAGUCAAGUAUAAGUACUAAAAUCAUCAACAAAUUGAAAAGCUUCUUUUAAAUCAAUUUGAAUCCUUCAUCUUGUAUACAAAGGGAAAUUAUAUCUUAAUAGACAAUAUAUGUUCCAAUUAACUCUGAAAUAAUUGGAGCAUAAACUAUAGAAUAAGGUAAUAAUAAUAAUAUACAUUUUAGAUUCAAUUCACAUAUAAAAUUCUCAGAGUAGCCUUCGAUAAAAAAGAAAUAAAUUUACAAGCUUUGAUGAUCAUCUAAAAGAAUAGUAAAGUAUAAUAGUAUAAGAAAAUGAUAUGGCAUCAAAGGCUUAUUAAAAAGAAGAAAAACAUUUGAGGAAGCUAAAUUGUAAAUAUCAAAAAUAAUAAGGAUUAGCUUAAAAAUCAAGUUAUGAUCCUGUUUUACCAGAAGAUAUAGAUAAGGAUGAAAUUAGAGAUAAUCAAAUUAUACAACCUCGUAGAAAGCUUAGUUCUUAAUAAUAUAAAAAAAGAAAACUUGAUGGUAUGAAUUUUAAAUAAUUUUAGAAAAAAAAAAAUCUGUGGGAAUUAAAUUUGUAUAUAAGAAACAUGUUUAAGAUUAAAUUUAAGAUAGUAUAAAUGAAAGUAGAAUAUAAGAAGUACCAGAAUAAAUAAGUGAUGAUUCUCUUAAAAAUAAUAGUCUUCUUGCAGGAGGUACUUUAAAAGAUGAAUAAUUAAAAAAAGAAAUAAUUAUAGUUUAAUUAAAAGAUGAAAAACCUAAAUAAUCUGAACCACCUAUGCUUACAAUUAAUGAAAUUAUAGAACAUUAAUCAAAAGGAUUAAAGAAAUCAUAAUCAAUGAUUAAUUUGAAUGAAUAAGAUGGGAAAUCAUAUUCAUGUAGUCCUAAAAAAUUAGAAAAUCCAAAAUCUAGAAAAUAAUCUGAUUUUUUAAAUUAACCAAAUGAAACUAAAUAAUAAGAAUUAUAAAAAGAAUAACCUAUAGUUGAAUAAUAAAAAGAAGAAAAACCAUAAGAAGAUAAAAAAAUAGAAUCCUUAGUACAACCUUAAUAAACUGUAAUCAAUUUUAUAGUAUAAGGACCUACUAAAUUAGAUAAGCCUUAAACAACUACUUCAUUAUUUAAUAUUUUAUAAAAAGAAAUUAUUGAAGAUAAAAAACCUGUUGAAUAAUAAGAUAAAAAUUUUAAUAAUUUAUCAGACACUCCUUUAUUUGGAAUUUUUAAAAAUAGUGAAAAUCUUUAAGGAUAAAUACCUUCUAAUAAAAUUAAUGUUUAAUCAUCACUAUUUGCAACAUAUGAUUCUAAAGAAUUGAAUUAAUAAUAAUAAUAAUCUUCUGAUCAUAGUUCAGGUUAGAAUUUAUAAUAAAAUUAAUUCACUUUUCUUUAAAAUAAACCAAAUAAUUAGGAACCUCCAUAAUAACCAUCAAAUUCUGAAUCUUCUAGUUCAAAUGUAAAUAAUAAAAAAGAUACCGAUUAAUAACCUAAGAUUGAAGAAAAAAAUUAAAUUUUUAGUAAUUUUAAUAAUACAACAGCAACUUAGAAUGAUUAAUUUAAUACUAAUGAUUAAGUGAAAACAAAGAAAUAACUUUUCUAAAAUUUUUAUAAUAUUCCUCAAUCUAUUCAAGGAGAAUAAAAAGAAGAAUAAAAAUAAGAUUAAGUAAUUGAAAAUUAAGAAGUUCAAAAAAAACCAGAAGAAUAAAAAUAAUAAGGUUUAUUUUCAGGAAUUACCUUUUAAAUUCCAGAAAUCAAAAAUAAAGUAGAUAAUAAUAUUAAUCAAAAUAGCAAAGAACCAUCUAUUCUAUAAUUCACUUCAAUUUCUAAUAAAUAAUCUAAUGAUAAUAAUACUAAAGAAAUUUAACCAGUUAGUUUAUUAUUUGGUGGUGCUUUAACUUAAACUUAAACUUAAGCAGAAAAAGAAAAAGAAAAAGAAAAAACAGAAACUAAAGUUGAAGACUAACCUCCUUUUUUAAAUAGUGUUAAUAAUAUAUAAAUUAAUAAAAUCUAAGAUAAUAAAGAUAAAGAAACACCUAAUCCUUCAUUAUUUGCAUCAUUAUUUAAAUUUGAAAAUAAAAAUAAUACUGACACUCCUAAAAAUUAAGAAAUAACAUAAUAAUAAUAAAGUAAUUCAUAAAAAUAAGAAAUUUUAACACCAUUUCAUAAUUCUAUGGGUUUAAAUUGUUAAUGGAAAUCAUCAUCUGAUGAUUUAAAAAAUAAUUAAUUUAAUAUUAAUAGUGAACCUAAACCUGGUGAAUAAUAAAAAUAAUCUCCUUUUUUAUUUUAAUAAAAAUAAAUACCUUAAAGUGAAAAUACAAAAUCUGAUAAUUUUUCUUCUGAUCCAAUUAUAAAAUCUGUAGCUACUCCUGUUAAAUAAAUUGAUAAUCCCUUUUUAUAAUAAUCUCCAAAAAUUGAUUAAGAACAAAUUAACUCAUAUUUUUCAAAUAAUUCUUAUUAAAGUAGAAUCCCAUAGGAAGAACCUGUGAAAGUUUAGACUUCUUUAUUUUAAAAUGAUCUAUUUUAACCAAAUGCAUAAUCUAUGUUCGCAUUACCUGUAUAACCACAACAACCAUAAACUUCAUUUUUAUCUUUUCAGUAGAAUCCAUAAUUAAAUUAAUUUUAAUAAUAAAGUUCUUUAUUUUAAUUAGGUACAAAUACAAAUGCAAACACAAACAUAAACAUAAAUAAUCAUAGUAUGAAUAAUGAAAUGGAAAUCACAGAUUUAUCUUAACCUCCUUAAUAAUUCUAAUUUGGAUAAUAAAUACAAACAUAGAAUACUUUUGGAUCAUUUAAUUAACCAUAAACUAAUACUAAUGGAUUUCUUUAAUAAUUAUAAUCAUAAUUAUAAUCAUAAAUAUAACCAUAAAUACAACCGUAAAUACAACCAUAACUUUAAAACAUUGGUGCACUAUAAUAUUUUUAGAAAAAUCCUUUUUAAUAAAAUGACUUAUCUAUGUCAUUAUUUUAACCACCUGUGAAUUAGCAAACUACUGGUAAAAUUAAUUUAUUAUUUCAAGGUCUAUUUUAAUAAGACCCACCCAAGACUACAAAUUAAUCAUAAAGUUUAAAUAGUAGUUUCUAAAGUAAGAAUGGUAAAAAGAAAUAAAGAAUUUGA